CACCAGGAGUCAGUGAUACGCGGGGCCAGCUGUGCCUGAGUGGGUAAAGGGAGGGUACAUGUCCACUCGUAUGGGGUUAAUCUUUCCUCUUCUCCCUCCUUCCCUCCCUCCGCUGCCUUUUGUUGCGGGCCCCUGACUUUCGCAGCACUCACACAGGAGGAAGCGAUACUGUGCAUGUUGGUUGUAUGUUUUUCUGCGCCUUGUGGACAUUUCGGAUUGGAGCGUACAGAGGAGUGACAGGACUGUCUAAUGCUGGAUGUUAAAGCGACAAAUUGAUGGACUCCCCACUGUCAGCGGCUUCAUAAAGAUAAACCAAGAAGACAUCAUAUUCCGGACAUUAAAAGAUUCCACGGUGGCGGUGCCGGUGUCGUGCGCGGCCUCGUUUCCCAUGGACCUCAGGCUGGUGGGUGAGCGGGGGAUGCGCUCUGGCUCGGACACGGCGCUUCUCACCCCGCUGCAAACACCCCUGCUCCUGAGCCAGUUCUCCGCCCAGCCCCGUGCCUCCUUCUCCCACCAGCAACUGCACCAUCACAUACGGUUUAACAUGGAGCAGAGGAGGCGGGAGCAGGAGCAGCACGAGAAGCAGCAGGAGUUACAGCAGCUCAAGCACAAGGACAAGAGUCAACAAAGUGCAGUGGCCAGCUCUCUGGUCAAACAGAAACUGCAGGAGGUGAUCCUGAAGAAACAGAAGCAGGCAUUAGAGAGGUCCAAUCCCAACCCUCUGUCCACUCCUGCUGUCCCGUACAGAAAGCUGGUCCCAGAUCCCAGUAUUUCAUCCUCCCCCUUGGCCCUGUCUCCGUCUCAGUCUGUGUGUGAGGCCUCAGAGGGGACACCUCUGCGCAGAGCAGCUUCUGAGCCCAACCUGAAGGUGAAACACAAGUUAAAGAAACACUUGCACACCCGGAAGAGCCCUCUGACACGUAAGGAGAGCGCUCCCCCAACUGUCAAACACACACACAGAGUCCCCGAUACACUGGACUCUUCUCCCAGCAGCAGCAGUACUCCUGUCUCUGGCUGUAGUUCUCCCAAUGACAGUCAUCCCUUUGAAAAUGGACUGCUGCCCUCUACUGGCCUCUCGCAUGAGGCUCAGAGGCUCCUGCUCAGAGACGGCACUUUGGCCAACUUCACAGUGCACAGCCCCUCCUCUCAGCCCACCAUCACACUGGGACUGCCGGCUAACGUGCGGGGGGACGGGGAACUCUCCUCUCUAAAGGUGGGCCGGGUGCCUCUGGUCACUGCGGGGGGCUCUCCAGUCUUUCUGCCCCUGAGCAGAGAGGACCAGAGUGGGCAGCUGAACCCUCACCCUCUACCUGUCAUCAUCCUGGAGCCAUCCGGUCUGGUGCACUCUCCACUGCUCACCGUUCCAGGGUUAGAGAGCGUCCCGCUGCAGUUCUCCUCUCAGUUAGAACACCUGUCUCCAGGGGGCGCUCCUCCUCACAAACCCCUGAGCAGAGCUCGCUCUGAGCCUCUGCCUCCCAGUCCCAGAGCGCUUCACUCUCACCUCCUGCAACAACAGCACAGCACACAGCUGCUGGAAAGGCUCAAGCAGCAGACUCACCUGGGCAAGCUCAUGUCCAAGUCCAGUGAGAAGCCUCGACUGCACCAGAUCCCCUCUGAGGAGAUGGACUCUGAGGAUGGGGGUGGUUCUUCCCCUACAGAAUCCACAUAUCAGAGCAGAGGAAGGGCGGAGUCACUGAGGGAGACAGAGCCUGUUUCAAAGAACCAUGAAGAGCAGAUCAACCUGCAACAUGCCCUCAUUCUCAACCAGUCGUUGCUGUGGGAGCAGCAGAAGCAGUUGCAGAAGCUCCACCGUCAGAUGGAGACUCUGACUGUCCCCGUGUUAAGAGCAGGAGGGGGCGUAGCCCAUCGACCCCUGUCGCGCGCACAGUCCUCCCCAGCCUCCACCUCACUGACCCUGCCUGAGAAAACCCUGACUCUGCCUGGUCAGGAGGUCAGCGCCAAGCCACGCUUCACAACAGGUCUGGUGUAUGACACGCACAUGCUGAAGCACCAGUGCACUUGUGGAGACAACAGUAAUCAUCCGGAGCAUGCUGGGAGAAUCCAGAGUAUCUGGUCCCGCCUGCAGGAGAGGGGGCUCAAGGGCCAGUGUGAGACUAUUCGUGGGCGCAAGGCUACACUAGAGGAGUUGCAGUCCGUUCACUCAGAGAAGCAUGUGCUGUUGUACGGCACCAACCCACUCAACAGGCUCAAACUGGACAACCGCAAGCUGGCUGGAAUCCUCUCCCAGCGAAUGUUCGUGAUGUUACCGUGUGGUGGCGUAGGGGUUGACAAUGACACCAUCUGGAACGAGGCUCACACAUCCACAGUUGCGCGGAUGGCAGCGGGCAGCGUUGUGGAGCUGGCUUUCAGAGUGGCUAAAGGGGAACUCAAGAAUGGCUUUGCUGUGGUCAGACCACCAGGGCAUCAUGCAUACCCGUCCAAUCCCAUGGGGUUCUGCUACUUCAAUUCAGUGGCCAUCGCCGCAAAGCAGCUUCAGCAUAAACUUAGUGUCAGCAAGAUUCUCAUUGUUGACUGGGAUAUUCACCAUGGUAACGGCACCCAGGAAGUAUUCUACAGUGACCCCAAUGUCCUGUACAUAUCCCUACACCGUUAUGAUGAUGGCAACUUCUUCCCUGGCAGUGGCUCUCCUGCAGAAGUUGGAUCAGGUGCGGGGGAAGGAUUCAAUGUCAAUGUGGCCUUUACUGGAGGACUGGACCCACCCAUGGGAGACGCAGAGUACAUUGCAGCAUUCAGAACUGUGGUAAUGCCCAUUGCUCAGGAGUUCUCCCCUGAUGUUGUGCUGGUCUCGUCCGGGUUCGAUGCUGCGGAGGGUAACCCCGCUCCACUGGGAGGCUACAAAGUCUCUGCCAAAUGCUUCGGCUUCCUGACCCGACAACUCAUGGCACUGGCUGGGGGUCGGGUGGUGCUAGCUCUUGAAGGAGGUCACGACCUUACCGCCAUCUGCGACGCUUCAGAGGCCUGCGUGGGAGCUCUGUUGGGCCUGCAGGAGCCACUGUCAGAGGAAGUGCUGAUGCAGAAACCAAAUGCCAAUGCUGUGCGCUCCCUGCAGACUAUUAUCCAGAUACAAAGUCAGUAUUGGCAGAGCUUGAAGUCCUCCAGUGGAUCGGUGCCUCUGUCCUAUCUGUGUGCCCAGAGAAGAGACUGCGAAGAGACGGACGCAGUCAAUGCCUUAGCCUCCCUGUCUGUGGGGGUACUGUCCAAUAAGACCCUUUCCGAUGAGCCAAUGGAAGACGACAGCGAAUCCAUGUAGGAAACCCACUUGUAUAGAUUUUUUGCGCUGUUUUGAGAGACCACAAAGGGCGCAAUAGUGAGCCCUACCACCUGCCUUAUUAAACCAAUGCCCACUGCCAGCUGGGCAUACGUGAGCACCUGUAGAAGUAGCACUUCGAUGCGAAUAAACCUUUAGUUCAAACCAGUGGUAAAACCUCUGCUGGGAAACCUCAAGAAUCCUCACCAAAGAGCAAUACCAGACUGUCAUUGCUAACUGACAUCAGGCUAGAAUAGCACAACCUUUUGGGGAACAGACUUUUAUCGCCUUAAUCCGCCUUAAAACGAUUGGACCAAUUUCCGGUUCCAGAAGGACAUUUUCAACUGUCAAUGAUUCCAUGUUGUUGUUUUUUUUUUUUAAUAACACUUUGAUGAAGAAUGGACUUGUGAAUAAGAAGCCGAGCGGACAUUGCAUUUGAUUUGAUGUCAUUACAAACAGCAUAACCACUAUGAGAGGAGGAGAGGAGAGAUGAAGACAGAAAACAGAAUUAGGGCUGAGGUCCUUGUUGUUUGCACUGUUCAGUCCAUAAUGUGAACCAUCAGCAGACCCAAAGCUCCUCUUUGUAUAGCCUAUUUAAUGGUUUCUUGAAGAUUUGUACGGCUGUGUUUCUCCCUUUGAUCAUGCCUUAGAUCUGGUUCUUAGGACACAUGCUGACCGAAAUACUUGAUUUGUAUUUCUUACAAAGCUACGCGGAAUAGUAGGCAAGAUUUGCGAGCAGUGGAGUCUUAAAAGCACAUACUGUACCUAACAAUGACCUUCUCUACCACUAGUAUUGACGCCUGUGUACAGUAUAUUACUGUUUGUCCUGAGACUAAAGGAGCGUUCAUUCCACUGUGGCCGUGCCGAGGACCAUCGAAUUGUAGCUGCAAUAAUUACAUGCACUUAAUGGAAGUCACCCAAAGACAACUGCCUUAAAAACAGCCUGCGAGAAGGCAAAAAGACUGUAAGCAGAGUAUGCACCCUUCCCUCUGCAUCCGAACCUGUGGAUUUACUGUAUAAUAAUUGACUUUUUUAUUCUUUUGCUAUCCAACCUAAAGGAAACUUAUUUUUAAUCAAAUGUUUGUUUAUUAAAAGCGCUCAACAUCCUUAGUCCUUAGCCAGAGACUUGGCCUAAUCUAAACUAUGUAAUUGUGUUUCAUGAAUGCUAAAAUUUGGCAGUAUAAUUCCUAAAAUGAGUCUUUACAUUAAAGGAAUUGUUGCUAGUCUGCAGUCUUAAGCACCCUUAAUGACAAUAACCAAAUCAUGGUUUGGGAAUUGGAAUUAGGAAAAGGUCAUUUCAGUUAAAUAGUUUUAGUCCAAUUCAGAAUCCCUGUCCUCACUAAAUGCCUUAAUAAUAAACGUUAACUCAAGAAACAUAAGCUUAAUUGACAAAAUAAACCUGCCCAGUUCAGUCUUAGAUCUUAAAUAACAAGUGCUAAGUUUCAACACAAAACAAAAGUUAAACUGCAUUUACAUUAGGCCAAUAAUAUAAACAGGCCUAUAAUUUAAAAUAAAAAUAACAAGUCUUCAGGUGUCAGCCAUUUUGACCACGCUGUGUUUCUUGCCCGCCGGCCUUUAAUGAAGUAAACCUACAUCUGUGACUGUAGUAUACACAAGUACAGUGUGUACUGUGUGACUGCCUUUGCAAGUGUUAGCCUUAUCUUGGUGUAAUGACCUCCUGUAUUAUAUUUAUAGUGGCUGUUUUUGUCUUAAACGCAUAGAGGCCAGUAUUGCCUCAACUCUUAAUUCCCUUUUUAUUACUGUUGUCAUUUUCUUGUUAGUAAUACACUGUAAAUAGAAACUCAAAGACCAAAAUACACAAUGUGUGCCUUGAUGCAUUCAGUACUGUGUAUUGGCAACUAACUGGACUUAACUCUGUCUGUGUAAACAUGACAUUGGAAUCUUUGUUUCAUACUGUUCUUUACAUGUAAUCUUGACUUUUCCUACUUUGUAUAGAGAUUUUCUAUUUUUUACUGUUGGUCUCCUCUUAUUAAAAGAAUUUUCACUAUGA